GCAAGAAUCAAUUCUAGUCGUGAGUAGACAACUAGACAUACCCCUAUAGGACCAAGCUUAUACCCUCAAAAGUAUUCUAGGUCCAUCAAUCUGAGAUGAUAACUGUUUAGUUUAAAGACAUACACCUAUCUACAAAUUCAUGCUUGUGUGGAGCGUUAUUUUCUGUAGGUGACUGGGGUUAGCCACCAAACAAUAUUAAUAGUUCGCUAAGAUGGAUGAAGAGGAGCUUCAUAGAGCCAAAAUGGAAGUUGAGGCCCAUAUGGAUGAUAAAAAGUUUGCACAAUGCAAAAAUCUACUACGGAAUCAUCCAGAUGUGCGAGAAGCUUGCAGCUUUUUAAAAGAGAGCUUAGAUUUGGCGGUAGGAGAUGGGAAAUAUGGUAUCUUUUUAGAAGGCCAAGGAGGUGCAUUCAACCUGUACCCAGAAUUUCACCGACAUUUUCUAAUCGAUGUGCUACCUGAUUGUAUUGCGACGUUGAUGAAUCGAAGGUAU